AUGGAUGAAAAACAACUUUUGAAGAUGCUGAAGAGGGAUAUUAUCGCUGAAGUCGAAGUGGAGAGGGCACAGAACGCACCGAAGCUUGAGCUGAUCAACGAAAAACUUCAACAGGAAAUGCUGCGCAAGGAAGUGCAUACGAUGAGGACCAAGAACGAGGAGAUGCGCCAGAAGUUGGCCCUGCAGGAUAGGGAUCUAAAACCCUUCAUCGAUAUGGAAAAGCGGAAGCUGUUGGACAAACUGGACGAGAUAGCAGAUGAAAACAAAUGUUGCCUCUGCGCGCUGAAGUUUGAGUCGGGAGGCAGCCAUCGCCGAGUUAUUUUAAAAUGCGGACACAUUUUCGGACAGAACUGUAUUUGUACCUAUUUGAAAGCGGACAAAAAGUGCCCCGUCUGCGAUUCUCUGGCUUACUUAUGCGAUCCUCGUGUUAUUAUAACUGGUGAAAUUCUUUACACACCCCUUUCGAAUUGA